AUGGCGCAGGAACUGAAAGCGAAGGGCAACGAGCUCUUCAAACAAAGUGACUACGCCGGUGCCGAGGACUUCUUCUCCCAAGCCAUUCAAAAGAAUCCCAACGACCCCACCUUCUUCACCAAUCGCGCCAUCACCCGCAUAAAACUCGAGAAAUGGGCCGACGUCGAGCAUGACGCCCGCGCCGCCCUCCAUCUCUACAAACCCACGGACCCGGCCACGCUCAAGAGCUCCUACUACCUCGCCACGGCCCUGCUCAGCCUCCACCGACCCCAGGAGGCGUACGACACUGCAGUCGCCGCCUAUCAACUCAGCCUAGCCAGCAAGAACGUGCAGACAGAAAAUCUGUCGCGCACGGUGCUACGCGCCAAGCAGCAGCUCUGGGCGGCGCGGGAGACGGCGCGCCUGCGGGAGAUGCACGAGACGCUAGGCAGCGUAGAGAGUCUGGUCGAGGCGGAUCUGGAGCGCGGGGUCGCGGCCUUACGGGGGCAGCUGGAGGCGGGUGAGAUUGGGGCAAUUGGGUUUGGGGAGGAUGAGCGGGCGCUGAGGGAGGAUGCGCAGAAGAAAGUAGAAGAUUUGAGGGAGGCGUUUCGGGUUGCGUCGAAGGGAGAGAUUACGGAACGGGUCGUACCCGACUAUCUGAUCGAUGGCAUCACUUUCGAGAUCAUGCAUGACCCGGUCAUGACGCCGUCUGGCAGUAGCUUCGACCGCAUUGGCAUCGUCAAAUACGUGGAGAAAGCGGGCGUGGAUCCCAUCACUCGCGAGCCGAUCGGAGUCAAAGACCUACGGCCGAACUAUGCGCUCAAGGCUGCAUGCGAGGAGUUCCUGACCAAGAAUGGUUGGGCUGUUGAUUGGUGA